AUGGCAUCGGCGAUGGCUGCCCGGAGGCUUUACUCAUCUGUUGACAAGCCCAUCAAGCGUCUGAAUAAUGGCGGCCCUAUUUAUUUCAUGUCGUCUUUGCCUGAUCAAGCAGAGUACGAGAAAAAAAGAUCUAAUGUCACGUGGCAAAAGCAACUAAAUUCUCCUCUGGAAGUGGUUGAUCCUGAGAUUGCUGAUAUUAUCGAGCUCGAAAAGGCCAGACAAUGGAAGGGACUUGAACUUAUUCCUUCAGAGAAUUUCACUUCUCUUUCUGUGAUGCAAGCCGUUGGCUCCGUUAUGACUAACAAGUACAGUGAAGGCUACCCUGGUGCUAGAUAUUAUGGUGGAAACGAAUACAUUGAUAUGGCUGAAACAUUAUGCCAAAAGCGUGCUCUAGAGGCAUUCCGGUUGGAUCCUGAAAAAUGGGGAGUGAAUGUGCAGUCCCUGUCAGGAUCCCCUGCAAACUUUCAGGUUUACACUGCUUUGCUCAAACCACAUGAGAGAAUAAUGUCCCUCGAUCUUCCUCACGGAGGCCACCUUUCUCAUGGGUAUCAGACUGACACAAAGAAGAUAUCUGCAGUGUCAAUUUUCUUCGAGACAAUGCCAUACAGGUUGAAUGAAAGUACCGGGUACAUCGAUUAUGAUCAGCUAGAAAAGAGUGCUGUACUCUUCAGGCCAAAAUUAAUCGUUGCCGGUGCUAGUGCUUAUGCUCGCCUUUACGAUUAUGAACGCAUUCGUAAGGUCUGUGACAAGCAGAAAGCAAUACUAUUGGCUGACAUGGCGCAUAUCAGUGGAUUGGUUGCGGCCGGCGUCAUCCCAUCUCCCUUCGACUAUGCGGACGUGGUGACGACCACCACCCACAAGUCGCUUCGUGGGCCCCGCGGGGCCAUGAUAUUUUUCAGGAAGGGCGUGAAGGAGAUCAACAAGCAGGGAAAAGAGGUGUUGUAUGACUAUGAGGAUAAGAUUAAUCAAGCUGUGUUUCCUGGUCUUCAAGGUGGACCCCACAAUCACACAAUCACUGGCUUGGCUGUUGCGUUGAAGCAGACAACUACUCCAGAAUAUAAAGCUUAUCAAGAACAAGUCUUGAGCAAUAGUUCAAAGUUUGCCAAGACUUUGGCUGAGAAAGGAUACGAACUUGUUUCUGGUGGAACUGAGAACCAUUUAGUGCUGGUAAAUUUGAAAAACAAGGGUAUUGAUGGCUCUAGAGUGGAGAAAGUAUUGGAAUCUGUCCACAUUGCAGCCAACAAGAACACUGUGCCCGGAGAUGUAUCUGCCAUGGUUCCUGGUGGCAUCAGAAUGGGAACCCCGGCACUUACUUCCAGAGGGUUUUUGGAGGAGGAUUUCGUCAAAGUUGCCGAGUUCUUUGACGCCGCUGUACAAUUGGCUAUGAAAAUCAAGGCUGAGACAAAAGGGACAAAGCUUAAGGACUUUAUGGCCACAAUGCAAAAUAGUGCUUCAUUCCAGUCUGAGAUUGCAAAACUCCGCCAUGAUGUGGAGGAGUACGCCAAGCAAUUCCCCACUAUCGGGUUCGAGAAAGAAACCAUGAAGUACAAGAACUAA